AUGUCCGACAAAAUCCAGGUCAGCGCCCGUGUGCGAAGAAGAACUGAGCUGGAGAUAGCCGCCCAGUCCCCGAUUGUGGUCUCGGUGCCUGACGAUUUCUGUUCCACGGAUGAACCCUACGUUAGCGUGAAUGCUUCCCCCAACACUUCCUUUGGCUCUGGAUCAGACGGUUCAGGCAAAGUAUUUACACUAGACCAAGUCUAUGGUGCCAAUGCUGAUCAGGAACUCAUUUACAAAAACAUUGCUCGUCCGUUACUUCGAGAUUUCAUGGCAGGCAUGAAUGUCACUAUCCUUGCGUAUGGCCUGACAGGCUCAGGAAAGACUUAUACAAUGUUGGGGGAUUUAGUGGGAGAGCAUGCGGGUAUUGUGCCUCGUGUGUUGCAAGAGCUUUUUCAGGUGGCCAAAGACGACAUCUGUGUCAAGUUGUCGUGUGUGGAAUUGUACAAGGAAGAGCUCCAUGAUCUCGUCAACGAUGAGCUUGAGUUGAACUCAAAAAAGCCGAAACUAAGGCUCCUAGGGGAUGGUUCGAGAGAUGGAAGGGGAACAAUGAUCCAGAAUUUGUAUGAGCUUGACGUGGUGGAUGCGAAGCUGGGGUUUGAGAUGCUACAAAAGUGCCUAGGGAAGAGGAAGAUGGGUACCACUAAACUCAACUCCCGCUCAUCACGUUCUCACACCAUUUUCACCAUAACGCUUCACAAAACAGUAAUGUCGUCGUCAGGGCAAGAGGUGGUGCGGCUGUCAAAAAUGAAUUUGGUGGAUCUCGCGGGGCUGGAAGAUAUCAUCAAGUCUGGCGCUACCGAUGCUAGUGCCAAAGAAGCGGGCCUGAUCAACCAGAGUCUUUUGACUUUGGGAAAGGUCAUCAGUGCAUUGAGUGAAGGCAAAGAACCUAGACAUAUACCUUAUAGAGAGUCUAAACUCACCCGUCUUCUUCAAGGCUCUAUUGGAGGGCGGACCAAAACCGCAUUGAUUGCUACCAUUUCCCCGGCAAAGCUGAACUUAAUGGAAACGAUGCUGACGCUAACUUACGCUUCCAAGGCGAAGAAUAUCAAAAAUAUACCACAAUCGACGGCCGACAGCGAGCUCGUUCUCAAACGUACAAAGAUAAGGGAGUUAUCAGCGGAGAUUUCUAGAUUGAAUAGAGACUUAUUGGCUACAAAAGGCAAAGACAACAGCAUCAGGAUCAGUCUUCAGAACUACGAGGACUUUGAAAGGAAAAUUGCGGAACUUAGAACCGAGUUGAAGGAGAAAGACACUCAGAUUACAGGGCUACACGCCAAACUUCAAGGGAGGGACAAGGAUAUUGCAGAACUCAAACUACAGAUCGAGCAAACACUUAGCGAGAACUCGAAAAGCAGGCUGGACCUCGCAGCUAAAGACGCUGAGCUUCACAAGACUACAAAAGAGUUCAUGCAUUUAAAAGACAAAUACAGCUCUCAAAAAGAGCGAGUCUCUAAUGUUACAGGAACUGGAAUUCUGAGUAUCAUUAGGGACGUUAAUGAGGUGAUUAACAAUCUUAAUGACCUAACUCAGGUGCUGCUGAAUGUGAAGGAGAUCCCCACCGUCGUUCAAACGCAUCUUUGCCUUUUUAAGAAGACUCUCGAGGGCAAAUUAAAUGAUGUUUCUUCCAAAGUAGAGAAGGAGACAUCAGCCUUCGAGCAGGUUCUCGCUAAUCUGAUGGACUUUUCUACCCUUCAUAAUGUUUGUCAAAACCUCGAUUUCUCGCUGCACGUAGCUGGAGUGAACAAGAGGAAUGAGCAACUAACGGAUUACAUCAACUCAACACAUCUUCUGGAAGACUCCGCAAUGUACAAGGCCUUUGAGAAGAAGUUCAAGGCUCGUAUGGCAGAGACGUAUGAGGCACUUAAGGAGCAAUAUAUGCAACAAAUGCACCUAGCAUUUGACGGGUUCGUGAAGUCAAGCAAGGACGCCAAUGCCGAGGCGGUUAGAGAAAGUGCAACAGAAUUCAUGCAAGAAGAGAAGACAACUCUAAGCAAAGAGUAUCAGGCCUACAUUCAUCAAAAUUCCCAAACGCUACAGUCGAUAUCAACAAAGACCAAGUCAGUGGCCACGGAUCUCAAGUCCUUCAAAGAGGUUGCCACCAAAGAUGUGCAGGGAGCCUUUGGAAGAUUACAGAAGGAGACCAAACAAGUUAUUGAUAAUGCUUUGGCUGAUAUUACCAAUACUAGUCGCAGCCAGGCGGACUCUAUAGAGAAAGCUGCAACUCAAAAGGCACAUAUUGUAUCCGACAUGAUCGAUAAGAACUACCACGGAAUUUCUCGCGACUUAAAUCACACCGAGAAGAACCUCAAAAUAUUUUCCCAAUCAUUGUCAGAGCUACAAAGAUCACCUGCUCAAUUGAAGCGCCCGGCAACUUCACCAGCAUCCAGAUCACCUCUGCGACUGCCCAUGAGACUGCCACUGAGGCUGCCUAUGAGGCAAUUAAACGGACAGAGCAUGAUUCCAGACAUCAAAAGAAGACGAACUGAAAUGUCACCAUUACGCAAUGACCUCCAUAAGUCCCGAAUUCCGCAACUUUAA